AUGAGCAUUCCCGGUGGAAAUCGGUGGACAGUGGUGGCCGUGGUGCUGCUGGUGGCCUUGGUUCUAGGGAGCACCACCGUCCAGGCGUCCAAGUGUCCGCGAAGUGAGAAGUCGCUUAACGGAGGAGUGCGAAGAGUGAUUCUGGAUCUGGACGCCGGUGGAGAUGAUGCUUGGGCGUUGUUGAUGCUGCUGGCGAAUGAGGAGCGGAACAACAUCUGCUUGCAGGCCAUCACCUGUACUCACGGGAAUGCUGCCGUAGCGGAUGUGGCGAUGAAUGUGUUGCGUAUUCUCGAGGCCAUGAAUCGGUUGGAUGUGCCAGUGUAUCUCGGUGCAACGGAGCCACUGAUAAGACCGGUGGCGGAUCGUAAUGAGCCGCAUUAUUUCUGGGGCCAGGAUGGGUUCGGUGAUGCCGAGUUCGAUACGCAACCCUCGACGCACUAUCUCGAAUCGAUGCACGCGGUUCAGAAGAUGUAUGAACUGUUUACACUGUAUCCUCAUCGAGUCACACUGUUAGCCGUCGGUCCGCUCACCAACGUGGCACUGCUGUUCAAGAUGUAUCCUGAGGCAGCGUCCAAGAUGGAAGCUCUCUACAUCCUUGGAGGUAAUCGACAUGGCGUCGGCAAUACGGCUGUGGCCGCCGAGUUCAACUUCUUCACCGAUCCCGAGGCGGCCAACAUCGUCCUUAACAGCGCACCGAUGAUCGUGAAUGUUUUUCCCUGGGAGACUGUGGUGACGUUGAUACCGGAGUUCUCAACCAAGUGGCGCUUCGAGACGUUCCACGAUUCUCCGAAUCCUGCCAUUCAGGUGUUGAACCGCGUCGAAUCGAUCGUUUACGCCGAGGAGAAAGGCUGGACACCGUGUGAUAUGUUUGUGGCGAGCGUAUUUUUGAACUCUUCGAUCGUCCAAUCACGGGUGACACAUCGGGCUGAGGUUGAGCUGAGUGGACGAGUCACACGAGGAAUGAUGGCCAUUUUGCAUCACGUCAAAGAUGUGGAGCAGCAUAAUGUUGCCAUCAUUGAUGCGAUCGAUGCAGCUCAGGUUCGGCGUAUGUUGCUUGCCUUGAAAGACGUCCAGGUGAAGGAAAAGUUUAUGCGCAGCCUAAUGAGGACGAGUGGCGACAAAAAGGCAUGAGUGUCCUUUCUGUGCACGCGAGACUGAA